GGAGGGAAAUUGAUGGGGCUGAAGUUUGUCGACUGUAUUUAGUAAAUGGGGCGACAACGAUGGCAUGGGGAUCAAGUUUUCAUGCAAAGACCAAUCGGUUUGGCUUUCACCAGCCUAACAAAUCUCAGCCUCAUUCUCAUCUGGAUUCACCAGGUACUGCUGGUCCCGACACUUUGUACCGGAAAUGCGAGUGA